GUUCUCUUUUUCUUGCAUGCAAAAUGAAGAAAUGUCUUCAAUUUAAUGCACGGCGUUCCAUGGGGACAGGGGAACAAUUAACUUCCUGGAGUUGUGGGAGAGCUGAAAAGGAGAGCCAAUGAAAGAAUGCCACAUUAUUUCCACACCAAUCUCAUUUCUUUGAAAUCCUGCCGCAGGACAGGGACACGCACAGUUCUCCUGCGCUCUCAUCCUCACUUCUGCUCUUCUGUUUCUCUCUGCAGCCCUGGGAGUUCUUUCCUCUCAGCAGGCGCCGGGUAUGGACGUGUGUCUGAGCUCCGCAGGUGGCUGGUUGGAGGCAGAGAACGAGGGGGAUCUCCAGAAAGACAGCGCCCGGGGACCCCCAGGAGAUGCUAACAAGAUAGAACCGUCUCUUCAUAGCCUCCAGAAAUUGGUUCCUGCAGAUUAUGGCAGCUACACUCAGGAGCGGUAUCGGUUUGCUGGCAAGGACAUUGUCAUUCAGGAAUCAAUAGAGAGUUACGGAGCCGUGGUGUGGCCAGGGGCCACGGCUUUGUGUCAGUAUUUGGAAGAACAUACAGAGGAACUGAAUCUCCAAGAUGCUAAAAUACUUGAAAUUGGUGCUGGACCAGGCCUUGUUUCCAUUGUGGCCACUAUUUUAGGAGCUCAAGUCACAGCAACGGAUUUGCCCAAUGUCCUGGGAAACCUUCAAUAUAAUCUUUUAAAAAACACAUUAAAAUGUACAGCACAUCUGCCUGAGGUGAAGGAACUGGUAUGGGGGGAAGACCUGGAACAAAACUUCCCCAAGUCAACGUUCUAUUACGAUUACGUUCUGGCCUCCGAUGUGGUCUACCACCACUACUCCCUGGACAAGCUGCUCAGCACCAUGACCUACUUGUCCCAGCCAGGCACGGUGCUGCUUUGGGCAAACAAGUUCAGAUUCAGCACCGAUUAUGAAUUUUUAGAGAAAUUCAAGCAAGUUUUUGAUACAACACUCUUGGCUGAAUAUCCAGAGUCAUCAGUCAAACUUUUUAAGGGGAUACUUAAAUGGGACUAAUCAAACAAAUGACUUUCAAAAUAUUAGUGUAUCUUUUGAGCUGUGUUAGAAAUUGCAUUGGCAAUAAAAGAUGUCUUUUCUAAGAUUGAGAAGGUAGUGGGUAGAAACAACUUAUAUCCCUAGAAUAAAUGUAACAAUACUGCAGCAACUUUUAAAUAACUUAUGAUUAUUUGGCUAAUAUAAAUAUCUACAACGAAUAACAAAACAUGAAAGCAGCUUUCUUGACUUCCAAAAAUCUGAAAUUUGUGUUUAAUAAAUUUUACAGGAAUAAGUUAAUAAACAAGUGGAUUUGCUCCGUCUUA